AUGAUGAUGAAUGAGACUCCUCCAAUCAAGUAUUCAGUUAUCUUCUCGUCAUUUAUUGACCCCCCAAAGUUCCAGUUCACAUAUAGUCCUGAACUGAAGAAUAAAAUCGUUCAAGUUGCAACAGAAAGUUCAAUUUAUGGCAAAGAUUAUUCUACUUCAAUUGCAUCUGAGCCUGUUGAAAGUUCGGAGAAAUUCAUUUCAUUGCAUGCAUGUGAUAAAUUGCUCUCCUUUUUUAUAAAGAGCCCAGAUUUUGCUUCAUUUAGAAAUCCAAUCGACCCUAAAAAGAGUGGAUGGGAACAUUACUAUGAAGUUGUUAAAGAACCUAUGGAUCUGACCACUUUACAAAGAAAAUUACGAAAUGGCUCAGUAAAUACUAUUUCUGAAUUUCGUCGCUGCCUUUCCCUUAUAUGGAUAAAUGCCGAGACAUAUCACGGUCCAGGCCAUGCAAUUACUAGAUGUUCUAUGACAUUAAAGAAAGAUGCAGAAGAAUUCUUCGCUAAACUUCCAAUGCCAGCCGAAUUUAAUGUUAUAGAGAAGCUUAAGAAGAUGGAUGAAAAUAUGACCAAAGUUGAGGCAAUUUUCGAUAAUUUAUUCAAAAUUCCACCUCGUCCUAAAAUUGAUAAGCCAAAGGAGGCCAAACCACAGCCAAGACAAGCUAAAGUUGUCGAGCAAAAGGUCGUUGUUACAAAGCCUACACAAACUGAACUUAAGAGAAUUGCGUAUACAUUGGCUAAUACGCCGGCUUCAGACAUGAAGGCUGUUUGGGAACUCUUAUAUAACAAUAGAGGUGAUAAAGUAGAGUUGAAUCUUAAUGACCUUCCUGAGAAGAUCCAAAUAGAAUUGAAACGUCUUGUUCUAAAAUAA